AGCAUGGAAUGUGAAUAUUAUGUUAUUCGUUACAUGUAUGAGAUAGUUCAAGUUGGGAGUACUGAAAGAUUACAAGAGAUCCACAUGAUCAGCCACAGCCUAAUCUCGCGAGACUUCAAAAACAUCUUCCUUCCCCACAACGAAAUUAUCCAGAACCUUAAUGUAAAUACACUCUCAGCUGCAACAAAUCAUCAUCAUCAUCAUCAAGAAGAACUUGUUAACGUUGUUGUUCCUUCUUCGUCAACCUCGGAUGAAGCCGAGGAGAAGAAGCAGAGGCGAAUGGUAUCGAAUAGAGAGUCGGCUCGAAGGUCGAGGAUGAGGAAGAAGAGGCACAUGGAGGUGCUGAAUUGGGUGAUGAUCAGACUCAGAACGGAGAACCAGGAGCUUGUUCAGAGACUGAAACAUGUAUUAGAGUCACAUGAUAGGGUUCUUCAGGAGAAUGCUAAGCUUAAAGAAGAAGCUUCCCAUCUUCGCCAAAUGCUUGAGAGCUCUUCCAAUUUGCAAUCGCCUCCAUAGAUUUCGAUGACCAUCAUUUUCCCUGCAAUUUUUGUUGAUACCAACAACGUAUUUUGUGGGCAUGAUUGAUUUAAUUUGUCUCCAGAUUUUCUUUUGUUUUUUGUUUUGGGGUUUUAGCUCUCUCUCUCUCUCUAUAUGCGCGCGCGUGAACAGAAAGUGAGUUUUUGAUUUCAUAUGGUGGAAAGAAACAGCAGCCUUUUAAUCCGUAGAGAAAUUGGACCUGAUCGAUUUUGUAAACCUUAUUACCCAACUUUGUCAUUAAUUAGUGUUGUUUUUUAUGGUUGGGGGGAGCCAUGUCUCUCAUGUUUGGAUGCUGAGGCUGAGGUAAAUAGAAGGGGGAAAUAUGGGAUUUUAAUGAAUAUUCUAAAUUUUCUCAUCUAAU